AUGGCUCCUCUAAUUUCAGACACCUCGCUCCCCUUGCGCUCUGCGCCCAAUGAGAGACCCGGCACUGAUCAGGGGCAAUAUCCUGCGCCAUUACAACAGAGUGGAUUGCUAGAUAAGUUCUCAUUUGAAGAAACAACGCCGGCCAUUGGUCGUGAAUUCCACAAUGUCAACAUUGUCGACGACCUCUUGAACGCCCCGGAUGCAGACGAGCUGGUGCGGGACCUUGCUAUCACAAUCUCUCAACGGGGUGUCGUCUUUUUCCGUGCUCAAGAUAACCUCACUGAUGAGCUGCAGAAGAACUUGGUGCAGCGCUUAGGGCAGCUAGCUGGCAAGCCAGCUGACUCGACUCUGCACAUCCACCCGGUGCUUAAUAACACCAGUGAAUUUGGUGUCAGCGACGCGCAGGUCAGCACUAUCAGCUCGCUUGCCCGCAAAAAGAUGUUCCGCCAUGAAAACCAGCCCAACAAGCGUCGCUAUGAUUCGGCCCAGUGGCACUCGGAUAUUCAAUUCGAACCCGCCCCGGCUGACUACACUUCGCUUCGUUUGACCCAGUUACCCAAGACUGGUGGUGACACUCUCUGGGCGUCGGGAUAUGAGCUCUAUGACCGAUUCUCACCAACAUAUCAGAAGUUCUUUGAGGGCCUGACGGCAACCUACACUGGCUCUGGAUUCCUCAAGGCUGCUGAGAUGGAUCCUGAUAAUAUCAAGGUCUACACUGAGGCAAGGGGUAGCCCACUGAACAUCGGCUCGGAUUUGUCCACUGUUCAUCCCAUCGUACGAACAAACCCGGUCACUGGUUGGAAGAGCAUCUUCGCCGUUGGGCCAUUCCCUAAACAUAUCAAUGAGCUCAGCGAGAGUGAGUCAGAUGAGCUGCUGAAGAAAUUCUACAACACUAUCCUCGAGAACCAUGACCUCCAGGUGAGGCUGAAGUGGAGGAAUCCCAAUGACAUCGCCAUUUGGGAUAAUCGAUGUGCUUUCCACACUGCCACAUUUGACUACGAAGGUCUUGGCGAACGAUUCGGCCACCGGGCGGUUGGUAUUGGCGAGAAACCGUAUUUGGAUCCAAACAGCACAUCCAAGGCCGAGGCACUGGCUGCUGGAGAUUUUUGA